AAUUAUUUCAGUCAGCCUAAUCUGGAAUGACACGAGGGCUUAAAAAAAUCAACCUUUAUUCGGAAUUUUAUCUCAUAUUUCAGCUAUCAGAUGCAUCCGAGCACUGGAAAAGUUGAAAGAUGCAAAUCAACUGAAACGGAGAGACGCUUGAGGGAAAAGAGAGGCAAUUGCGCAAAGUUAGAAAAACAUGCAGAAGGAAACAAGAGUGGCAAAGAAGAACUAAACCAUUCCGGCACAGAUUCUGAAUGUGAGGUGAAAGUUAUAUCAACUCAUCGAAGGAAAGAAUCACCCCUUCAUUCAUCGAUUACUGAAAAGCAAAAUUUUAGUUUUAUUUCCCAACAAUUUUCUUCAAAUAAUCAAAAACAUAAUUCUGAAUGUACUAGUAAUAAUAUUCAGAGUAGUUCAGAUCAUACGAGAGAGCAAAAGAUAAGCGUCCAAAGGAAAUCACCUGAAACAAUUGAAAAGAAAUCGAAUUUUAGGCGAUGUCAUGAAAUAUCACGUGAAUCAGAUAGUGACAGUGACCAAUAUGUUAAAACCCAACAAACGCGCAACACUGCUAAUCCAGAAGACGAAACUAUACCAGGAUCUGGAUCUGUAGCUUGUGAUACUUUAGAUACCUCAAUAAAGGAGGAACUUGUACGUUGCGCAUUUUCGCCAAGCAUAAAACAUGCACAUGCCAGGAUGUCACAGAAAACAGAACCUGUGAAAAUUACCAAUCGGAAUAGAGGGGCUAAAUCUCAAUCUACAACGAAAUUUAAAACUGCAUAUGAAGAUGGUAAUGAAAUUCUGCCUGAAACAUCUGGAGGUACAGAGAAGUCUUGUAGAAAAAAAGAGAAGAGGAAUUCAGAUAAUGGUGAUAACAGAUCGAAAUCAUCCAUAGCUUCAGAUACUGUAUCCUCAAGAAGCUACAUGGAAGAAAACAUGUUUAUUUUCGUCAUCGGAGGAAUGAAUCAAAAUAAUCCUAAAUCAGGAAAAGGCGGAGUUGUAUUACAUCUCGAUGUCAAGAAAAAUAAAUGGAAGCAGACCAGUAGCUUGCCUCAGCCAAGGCAUAAUCACGGUGCCGUUUAUUACGACAACUUCAUUUAUGUCGUAGGUGGCUGUGAUCCUUAUGACACGGUGGAGCAGUGUCGUUACAUCCCUAGAAGAUCUUGCUUUAAAUUCGAUCUACGCACUCAGACGUGGUCAAAUUUGGCAGAUAUGCAUUUUCCGAGGUAUGAUCACAGCUUAAUUGCUUUAGAUGGACUGAUGUACGCCAUCGGUGGGCAAAGCGAUGGAGAAAGGCUUCAUAAAACUAUGGAAAUAUAUGACUUCAAACGAGAUCGAUGGCAAUUACACACUUCGGAAAUGUGUUGUGGCAAAAAGGCCAUGGGCAUCGCUGCAUUAAACUGUAGAAUCUGGGUCGGUGGAGGUCUCAUUCAACCAGAUAACGAAAUCGAUCUGCAAGCUACUGCGCAAAUUGACUGUUACGAUCCCAAAGAAAAUAGGUGGUUAUUUAACUUGUACUCUCUGCCAAGUCCUCGCUGCUACUGUAAUCUAAUAGUUUGGAGAGGAAAGUUAUAUUGCAUUGGUGGUAGUAUCCUCUUAAAGCACGAAAACGUAAGUCCGACGGAUGAAGUAUGGGUCUUCAAUAACGAGACGAAAAUUUGGGAAGAAGGCACUUCUUUGCCAGAACCUCGCAUGGGCGUCAUAGCCGUUAGCUGCGGUGACAGAUUGUACAUUUUGGGAGGCUUUGAUUCAAAGGAGAAUAUUGCCAUUCGUAAAGUGAAUUUCCUUGCAACUAGUGCCAUCUCUUGGGAAGCAGCAGCUUCAGUCCCAAGUCAUCUGCUGGGUUUUGCGACUGUCAGUUAUCAAAAAGGAACGAUGCAUUAAAAAAUAGUUUCUCCUUGUUCUAAAGCAGAGAAUUUUCAAAUAUGUGAUAUAUUGCUAAUUUGAGAUAUAUGUAAUGACAAAGCCGUUCUAAAAGGCUUAG